AUGGAUCAAUGGCAGCAAUCCUACUCUGACCAGGCCGGUUCCUCUCGAAGAUAUAACGGCAACCCCCCACCAUCUCAGGCGCAGAUGGCGCGCGACUACAACGGCAACGGCAGCAGCUGCGCUCAGGCCCAACCUCCUGCUGGCUUCACGUACGAGCAAUAUCAGGGUGGAAUGGGUGCGCAUCCUCACUCAUCGACAACGUCCCCCGCGGCAGCGCCCCAUAUGAGAGACGGGAACGGUGAUGUAGCUAUGCAGGAUGCUGGAGACUCGUACGGUAGCAUGAAGUAUCCGAUGCGACCCUUACAUCAACAGCAUCUUUCUGCCGGACGGAUACAAUCACUCCACUCGUCCCAGGAACCAUCCGCGGCAGCGCAGAGAUACUCACCGAUGGAAACUUUGUCGCCUAGUUCGCCAUACGGUGCACCACAGCAAGGCCAGAAUCAAUACGGGUCACGGCAAUCACCAACAAGAACUGGGAGCUACUCUUCACCAAACUCAUACUAUACCAACCGCCAGCAAGCGCAGCAAUUGGCUCCGAUCACUCCAUAUUCGAACAAUAAUGACAGCUAUCCUACCUCUGCAACGCAACAACUGAAUGCCGUCUUCGGUAACGACCCGAAGUCGCCCCGGCGGCCGGUGACCCACGCAGCGAUGGGCCCUCCAGGUCGCGGGCCAGUUCCUGAAUUUACUAAGCUUCGAUCUGUGGCCGAUUUGCAGCCCAAGAUUAAUGCGCAGCCUGCGUUCAGACGGGCGAACCCAGAAGGCGGAUUUAUUAGUCCACUACAAGCUCUCACAAGUCAUCUCCCGUCAACAUACCGCAUCUGCAAUCCCAGCUUCAAGUACGAGUCCUCCCGGAAUCCUCGCCGUGUCCUCACCAAGCCAAGCAAGGGUGUGAAGAACGAUGGAUUCGAUAACGAGGACAGUGACUAUAUACUUUAUGUGAAUGACAUUCUUGGGUCGGAGGAGACUGGUCAUAAAAAUCGAUACCUCAUUCUUGAUGUCCUCGGACAAGGAACGUUUGGCCAGGUUGUUAAAUGCCAAAAUUUGAAGACGCAGGAGGUGGUUGCGGUGAAAGUGGUCAAGAAUAGGACAGCAUACUUCAACCAAAGUAUGAUGGAAGUGUCUGUUCUCGAUCUGCUCAACACAAAGCUUGAUAAGAAUGACGAUCACCACAUUCUUCGAUUAAAAGACACAUUUAUUCACCGACAGCAUCUUUGCUUGGUAUUCGAGCUGCUGAGCGUCAAUUUAUACGAAUUGAUCAAGCAGAAUCAGUUUAGGGGGUUGAGCACGACACUAGUGCGGGUAUUUGCACAGCAACUUCUCAAUGGGCUGAGUCUACUGAAUAAGGCCCGACUCAUUCAUUGCGAUUUGAAGCCCGAGAAUAUCUUGCUAAAAAAUCUCGAAAGCCCCAUCAUCAAGAUCAUCGAUUUUGGCUCAGCUUGCGACGAACGCCAAACUGUCUACACCUAUAUCCAGUCGAGAUUCUACAGAUCGCCCGAGGUUCUGCUUGGCUUACCAUACUCGUCGGCUAUCGAUAUGUGGUCACUAGGGUGUAUUGUUGUGGAAUUGUUCCUGGGUCUUCCUCUCUUCCCAGGUUCAUCGGAGUACAACCAAGUAACUCGGAUAGUAGAGAUGCUAGGUAAUCCGCCAAGCUGGAUGCUUGAGAUGGGGAAGCAGUCUGGAGAGUUUUUCGAGAAGAGACACGACGUGGAUGAUUACGGAAGACGAACAUAUAACUUGAAGAGCAUGGAGCAAUACUCUCGCGAGCAUGGCACCAAGGAGCAACCUAGCAAGAAGUAUUUCCAAGCCACCACACUCCCAGAGAUCAUUCGAUCAUACGCCAUGCCCCGGAAAAACAUGAAGCAGAGCGAGAUCGACAGGGAAAUGAACAACCGGGUCGCGUUCAUUGACUUCGUUCGCGGACUUCUAAACAUUAAUCCGUUGGAGCGAUGGUCGCCACAACAAGCGAAACUGCAUCCUUUCAUCACUCAGCAAAAGUACACGGGUCCAUUCGUGCCUCCCAUGAACCUUAAAUCCAGCUCGAUUAACCGAUCUCCUGCUCCUGGUACGCAACAGCAGCAGCAAGCCGAGGCAUUGAGCAAGCAGCGUGCCCAAGCAGCCCAAGCACAAGUGCAGGCCCACACUGCUCAAGUGCAUGCAUCUUACUCGGCUGGUCCUCCAAUGGGCCAGUAUCCUCAAGCCAGCCCAGGUCAACCACCGAUGUAUGCAAAUACGAACAUGUAUUCCCCGAAUACAAAUAUGCAAGGCGCUCCGCCACCAUAUCCUGCCCAACAGCAGCAGCCACCACCUCCUGGAUCAUAUAACCAGAUGGGUAUGAUGCCUCAGCACCCUCCCACCCAAAUGACCCCUACGCAAUACACGCAACAGGGCCCACCACAACACCCACAACAACACCCACAGCAGCAACAGAGUCAACAAAGUGUCUACGCGCAACAAGCUGCUGUAAGAUCCGGUCGUCAAAGGGCUUCCACAAUGGAGGUCCAACAAGGAGGAAUACCGGUGACUAUUCAGCGAGUUGCAAGUCACCUUGACCCGACUCAACCUAUUCGCUUACAACCAAGUCCGGCAUACUACCCACCGCCACCCGAGGGCGCACCUGAUGGAAAUCCCGGUAGCGCGCGAAGGAGAGGUAGCAGAGCUGCUCAGGGCCAGGGAGGACAACCUGGGCAGAGAAGCAACCGAGACUUCAUUCGCAAUCUGGAAGAUCGUACGCUCGAGGAAGGCUUCAUGGGCCAGAGCCAAUGGCAUUGA